AUGAAGGAGUGUUUGAUCGAACUCCCAACGUUGACCGCACCGUUUGAAAAGGAGCCGCUCAUCUUGUACUUCUCAUCAUCAGACAAGGCAGUGGGUUCAGUAUUGCUUAUAGAAAGAAACGGGGUUCAGACUCCAAUCUACUAUGUCAGUAGAAUGCUGACAGAUCCAGAAACAAGAUAUUCAACGAUGGAGAAACUGGUACUAGCGCUGCUGCAUGCCUCUAGAAGGCUGCGCCGAUACUUCACAGGCCACGUCAUCACCGUACUGGCCAAUUUCCACAUUGGGACGAUAUUACAAAAACCGGAGACAUCCGGGCGAUUAGCGAAGUGGGCGAUCGAGCUGGGGGGCCACAACAAUUUGUAUAAGCCGCGCCCAACCAUCAAGGGUCAAGUCCUUGCAGACUUUAUCACAGAAGUCCCAGCGAAAAAGGUCAAAGAUUGUGAAAUCGUUGAAGCUCCCACAAAAGAUACAUCAGAUGGGCUAUGGUUGCUAUACACAGAUGGUGCCUCAAACGAGGACGACUCAGGAGCCGGAUUGCGCCUGGUGAGCCCUGAAAAGCAUGAAUUUACAUACGCUAUCAGGUUGGAUUUUAAAAAUACCAACAAUGAGGUAGGGUACGAGGCAUUUCUGGCAGGCUUGCGCCUCGCCAUUAAAAUGGGAGCUAAAAAUCUACAAGCGCACGUUGAUUCACUUUUGAUCGCCAGCCAAGUCAACGGAUUCUAUGACGCAAAAGGCGACGUUAUGGCCUUAUAUCUGGAUCAAGCAAAAGAGCUACUGCAGAAGUUCACGACAUACAGGGUCGUACACAUCAAUCGCUCCGAAAACAAACAGGCAGACGCUUUAAGCAAGCUCGCGUCAACUUCCUUUCAGCAUCUCGCAAAGGAGGUAAGGAUUGAAGUACUCAAAAAUCCAUCAGUCCUGCUGCGCCAGGUGAACGUGAUCGAAAUAGGGCAGCCAUCCUGGAUGACCCCUAUAAUCCACUAUCUACAGGAAGGGAUACUCCCAGAGAACAAAGCAGAGGCAAGGAAAAUCCAGCACAAAGCCCUGCAUUAUGAAAUGAAUGAUGGUAUUCUGUAUCGGUAA